GCAAUGGCCGAUCACUCAGGGCUGUCUGGAACUCAUUUGGGGAUAGCUAUAGCCGUGAUAUCAAGCUUUAUUAAUGGCUCGACGUUUGUGCUUCAGAAAAAGGGAAUACUACGUUCUCGCGACAAAGGGUGUUUGUACCUGACAGAUGUGGUGUGGUGCUGUGGGACGCUGUGCAGUGAGUUUGACAUCAGCAGUGUUUUGUUUUCCUUAACAAGCUUUUGUUUUGAGCUGAAUGCGACCUUACACCCGUCUGCUUCCUCAGUGAUCAUUGGUCAAGUUGGGAAUUUCCUGGCGUAUAACCUGGCCCCUGCUGUGAUUGUUACACCAUUAGGGGCCCUCGGAGUACUGUUUGGAGCAGUCCUGGCUUCUUGGAUCUUGGAGGAGCGUUUGAAUGUCCUGGGGAAGCUCGGCUGCAUCAUCUGCUGCUGCGGCUCCGUCGUGCUCAUUAUUCACGCCCCUAAAGCGGCGGCAUCGUCGAGGCAGGAGCUCGAAGACGGACUGUCGGAUCCAGUGUUUGUCACCUACAUCCUGCUCGUGUUGCUGACCCUGGUCACCCUGAUUGUGUGGGUCGCUCCAGCUCACGGGACGUCCAACAUUAUGGUGUACGUUGCCAUAUGUUCGCUUCUGGGAAGCUUCACCGUCCCGAGCAGCAAAGGACUCGGCCUGGUGGCUCCUGACGUGUUCGGCAAAGGACAGUCAAAUGUCGGCACUGUGGCUCUCUUCCUUGGCCUGCUGGGGGCGCUGGCGGUCAGCAUACUGAUCCAGUUCUUCUUCAUCAAUAAGGCCUUGGAGUGCUUCAGCGCCAACAUAUUUGAAGCGAUAUACUACGUGACGUUCACGUCCACCGUGAUUUUCGCCUCUGCUCUCUUGUUCAAGGAGUGGACGGGACUCACGGUCACAGACGGCCUCGCCAUGCUCUGCGGCCUGACAACGGUGUGUGUGGGAGUGAUACUUCUUCGAAUUUCCCAGGAAGCUGUGAUUACCUGGAAGGAGAAAAAGAAACAGAAAAAGACAGACUGAUUGUGUUAGGGUGGGGGUUUUUUCUUCUGUUUUUUUUUUUUUUUUGCAGGACACAGACUCUGUUGCUCUGCACUAACUCCCCUUUAAGUGACCAAAGCUGUGAGAUGAAACAGCCAGCCGUGAUCUUUGACCACAUAAGUGUGAGGAGGAAAACACUGUGAGUUUUUUAUCGGAUAGUGGGUGGGAUUUAUCUGGGAACAAAAUGGCCUUAUGGCUGUACAGGAAUAAGGAAGUGUAGGGACUUUAUACAGUGCCUUGCAGAAGUGGUGAUAUAACUAGAACUUUAUUAUAUUUUGAGAAAACACAACCGUAAACCUCUGUGCAUUUUAUCAGCUGGACUAAUGGAGAGUAAUGCGCCACGAGAAAGAGGAAAAAGAUGUUUUAUGAUUCUAUGUGACACACACUCCACCCUAACUCAGAGAGGCAUGAUGGCCCCACUGCCGUGUUUUACUAAGAUGGGUUUUGAUGAAACCCAUACGGGUCUCUUGGAGGGGUGCACUGAGAAAUCAUAUCAAAUUUCCUUCACUUUGGCAAAUUGUCAGUCGGUUUAUACUUCCAAGUGAAAUAGAGCUGGACAAUAGACCAGUAGCAAUAUAUAGAAUGUAAUCGAUAUCAAUACGUAAUACGUCUGUUGGAAUUUUCAAUAAUGUCACUGAAUUCUGAUCCAGAACCGCACAGCAUUCUGGGAGAUGUAGGCAGAGGAAAGGUUUGAAAAUCAUGUGUAAUUUUCCUUCCACUUAACAUAAGUUGGUCUGUCAAAGAUGAUAAAUGUUGUUUUUAAUACUACAUAACAGAAUUGGUAUUCUGUUAUCGACUCCUAGUUUUUCUAAAAUAACAUUCGCCAUUAUUAACCCUGUUGACUGCCUGCAUUAGUCAUGUCUAAACAAAUCACUCUGCUUUGGUUCAGCUACAGGGUUUCCCCAUAGGACGCUUACAGCAUUACCUACCCUUGGUACUUGAACUGGGCCUUUUGAAUUAUUCAGUCAUUUCACCUGAUGAUUCUUGAGCACUGGUGUUGCAUAAAACAUGAAGAGCAGCUGUAUCGUUUCAGUCCAAUGAAGGGAUUUUUAAAGCUGAUGGUUUCCGCUUUUAUUUAAUUUUAUUACAAUGUUGCAUAUAUAUAUGUUUUUUGUAAUCUUUAUUGAUUUUACAUGUAAUAAAUUAAUAGAAACACUUUC